AUUGAUCACUUUCCUCUUCUUCCUCACAUGUCCGGACCGAACCAGGCACCAUUUUAGGGAACUUUCCAGAUAUAGUAAUCAAGAAUGGGGGUGAGUUUUUUCUUUUCUGGUUUUUUUUGGAAACUGCUUACCCGUUUUAAGAUGGUCGAUCACUCCUUUGCAAAAUGCUAAUGGUGUUUUUGUUCCUAUAAUUAUUUUCAUUUCUGUUAAAAUAUAGCAGGAGCAUGGUGUUGUAGCUUUCAUCUCAAACCCAAUAAACCCAUCUGCUUCCCUGUUCACCAAUUAUCAAUGGUUGUGCCUUGAACAUCAGAUGCUGUUUUUUUCAGACCCUUAGAUCCUCGAAGUCACCAUUUUAGAAUUUUUUACUAUAGCCAAAAGCCAUUAGAAGCCCUAGAUAUGGAGUUUCAGGUAGGUUCUGAAUUUAUUCUAGACUCAUUUUCAUGGCCCCCAAUAUUUUGCUAUUUAUAGAAACUUCUUAGCUUGGGUGUAGCUUCACUUCUGUAGAUUUCAACCCAACCCAAUUUCACCAAGCUGAGAAAUUGCCAUCAUUAUGUGAAAAAAGCACCAUUUCUAGUUUUUUGCUUUUCUUUUUUUGGUUUUUGCAGAAAUGGGAAUGGAGCGCCAAAGGAGCUUCUCCUUAAAGCCGUCACAUUUCUUGGUUUUCUCCUUCAUUUUCACCUCAUCUCUCCUACUGUUAUUCUUCUUUAAGAUCCACUUGGACUAUUCAUCCCAAAGUUCUCGCAGUUUUACACAUUAUAACGCUUCCUCUCUAAGCUCUUUUCAGAUUGAAACCUCCCAAGUUCGGAUUUUUACCAUUUCUAGUAAGAAUUUCUCUGUUGUACAAAUGCAAACUCCCAAAUUGCCUGAGACCCAAGUUUUGAAAUCUGCGGUUUUCAAGUUUAAUCAGAAAAACACGAAUUUAUCAACCGGAUUUAAUGGAUCAAAUUCAUCAGUUAAUAGAAAGAGUGAAAUUAAUGGCUCAACUUCAUCUGGUACUAGAGAUGGUGAGGUUUCUCAAAAGAAAGCUUCAUCUGGUACUAGAGAUGGGGAAAUCAAGGGUGAGAAAGAGUGUGAUAUAUACACUGGGAAGUGGGUUUUUGAUGAGACAUAUCCUCUGUAUUCAACUGCAUCAUGCCCAUUUAUAGAUGACGGUUUCAACUGUGAGGCAAAUGGCAGGCCAGAUAGGGACUAUAUGAAGUGGAGAUGGCAACCACGUGGCUGCUCCAUCCCAAGGUUUAGUGCAGUGAAUAUGUUGAAACUAUUAAGAGGGAAGAGACUGGUUUUUGUUGGAGAUUCAAUAAACCGAAACCAAUGGGAAUCAAUGCUGUGUCUGUUAAGAAGUUCAAUCCCCGAUCCAAAACGGGUUUUUGAGGCACGAGGGAGGAAGAUCACCAAGGAGAAGGGCAUUUACAACUUCAAGUUUGUGGAUUAUGGAUGUAGUGUGGAAUACUAUGUUACACAUUUCCUAGUUCAUGAGAGUAAGGCCAGAGUUGGACCCAAAAGGGUGCAGACGCUUCGAAUUGACACAAUUGACCGUGGCUCAUCGAGGUGGAAGAAGGCUGACAUUCUCGUCUUCAACACAGCCCAUUGGUGGACACAUACAAAGACUAAAGCUGGGGUGAAUUAUUACCAAGAAGGCGAUCAAGUUCAUCACCACCUCGAUGUCUUAACUGCUUAUAGAAGAGCUUUGAUGACUUGGGCAUCUUGGGUUGAUAGGCAUGCCAUCCCGGGCAAGACUCAAGUUUUCUUUAGAACUUCAGCACCUUCUCAUUUCAGUGGUGGCCAAUGGAAUGCUGGAGGCCAUUGCAAUGGAGAAACCCAACCCCUCCGAAACUACACCAAUGGUGAGUUUGCUGAAAAGUUGAGACUAACUGAAGAGGUAAUAAAAGAAAUGAGAACCCCUGUAACUGUAUUGAAUAUAACUGACAUAUCAGGGCUCCGGGUGGAUGGCCAUCCUUCUGUAUAUGGCAGAAAACCAGGGGUAUCCCCCUCAUCAAGUGUUCAGGAUUGCAGCCAUUGGUGUCUUCCAGGUGUUCCUGAUACUUGGAACGAAUUGUUGUAUUUUUUGUUGGUUUCGAAACGGAGGGAAGUUUCCACAAAGUAAAAUGGGAUCCAUCAUUCUUUA